AUGGCGCUUUUACACAUAGAUCUGGAGCCUGAUGACAACACAUCAUUCUACAUCCUAAAUGUGGGCCAGCCACAGGCUAUUGUCACUAACCACCAGUCGAUUGGCCUGCCCCGUCAUGGCAUGCAGUCUCACUCCCACAUCAUCAACACUUCCCCACGCCUUCAGUCACACAAACCAGGAUGUGAUCCUCCAGGUUAUGGGGCACAAGACUCCAAGUAUGGCUCUUCACCCCUGCUGCCCUCUGCACCUGUGGAGGCACCAAAGGCCUUUGAGUGCCCCAGUAUUCAAAUCACCUCCAUCUCCCCGAGCUGCCAGCAGGAGAUCGAUCCCAGUGAGGAGGAUCUGCAGGCCAAUGGCCCAGAUGGGGACUAUCAUGGUGACAGGCCCCUCUCCAGAGACCACCUGUAUUUGCGGCUGGACCACUCAUACCGGGAGUCUUCGCUUAGCCCAAGCCCAUGCAGCAGUCUCUCUUCUAGGAGCUGGUUCUCUGAUGCCUCAUCCUGUGAAUCAUUUUCACACGUCUAUGAUGAUGUUGACUCAGAGCUGAAUGAAGCAGCAGCCAGGUUUACCCUGGGCUCCCCACUCGCUUCCCCAAGCUGUGCCUCUCCACAAACUGGUGGUGGAGUUCUGGAGGAGCAGCCCCACUGGCAGCACCACCACCAAGCGUUUGGGCAACACUCCCACUCAGUCAGCUUUUCACCUCGACAGUCCCCCUGCCACUCCCCACGUACGAGUGUGACUGAUGAAAAUUGGCUUAGCCCACGGCCACCUUCCAGGCCCUCUUCACGUCCCACCUCACCCUGUGGGAAGAGGCGUCACUCUAGCGCCGAUAUUUGUUAUCCUGGCUCAUUGUCUCCACACCACUCACCCUCCCCAACACCAGGACCUUCACCUAGGGGCAGUGUAACGGAGGACACUUGGGCUGGUAGUCCUUCAGUGGGCAUGUCGCCCUUCCAGUGUUUCCCAUCUGAGGCAGACAUCCCGUCUAAGACAAGGAAAACUUCACAGGACAGAACAACUGUGCAAUCUGGGAAAGGGGAGCUAGGGCUAGAUGACCAAGGAAAUAUGUCUCCUAAUCUAGACUCUCCCACAGAUGAGGCCCUGCACAGCCUGAAGAAAGACGGCCUUGGGGAACAGUUUCUCUCAGUGCCCUCCCACUUUUCAUGGAAUAAACCCAAGCCCGGUCAUACACCUAUAUUCAGGACCUCCUCCCUGCCGCCACUAGAUUGGCCAUUGCCAAACCAAUUUGGCCAGUAUGAAUUGAAGAUAGAGGUACAACCCAAAGCCCAUCACCGAGCACACUAUGAGACCGAGGGCAGCCGAGGAGCCAUCAAAGCAGCGUCUGGUGGCCACCCAGUUGUCAAGCUCCUUGGCUACAGUGAGAAGCCCCUCAACCUGCAGAUGUUCAUUGGAACAGCAGAUGACCGAUACUUGAGGCCACACGCCUUCUACCAGGUGCACCGGAUCACCGGGAAAACUGUAGCCACAGCCAGCCAAGAAAUAUUGAUCACUAGCACCAAAGUCCUCGAAAUUCCUCUCCUGCCUGAAAACAACAUGUCAGCCAGUAUCGACUGUGCUGGCAUCCUCAAGCUGCGGAACUCAGACAUUGAGCUGCGGAAGGGAGAGACCGAUAUAGGGAGAAAGAACACACGGGUCCGCGUGGUGUUCAGAGUCCAUAUCCCUCAACCCAACGGAAAGGUGCUGUCACUGCAGGCUGCCUCCAUUCCUGUGGAGUGUUCCCAGCGUUCAGCACAAGAGCUGCCCCAGGUAGAGAAAUCCAGCCUGACCAGUUGCGCAGCCAGUGGAGGAGAAGAACUGAUCAUCACAGGCUCCAACUUCUUUCCAGAAUCCAAGGUCAUCUUCCUGGAGAAAGGCCCUGAUGGACGUCCACAAUGGGAAGUUGAAGCAAAAAUAGUACGAGAGAAAACUCAAGGAUCUUGCAUUGUGGCGGAGGUUCCUCCCUACCACAGUAAGACUGUGGGCUCAGCUGUGCAGGUGCAGUUUUAUGUAUGCAAUGGCAAGCGGAAAAGAAGCCAGUCACAACGCUUCACUUACCUUUCAGUCAUGGUGAAACAGGAGCACAGAGACGAACUGGACCUUGCCUCAGUUCCCCCUAUGUCCAUGCCCCUGGCACAUGCUCCCAGUCUGGUGCACACCCAGCUGCCUUCUCCUGAGCAGGGCCACCCAUCGGACAACCUUAUGUCCAGCUCCCCUCACGGCCUGGCCACGAGCUCUGGACCUGGCCUGCUACCUCUGCAGGCUUCCUGCCCCUCCCUGGGCUCCCCAUCUUUCCAGCACCUGCCUCACCUUCAGAGUCACAGUUUGCACCACCCCCCUGCAGAUUGCCACAUGACUUUCCACCCGAGUUCUGCUUCUGCUCCUCUUUCUGCGCCUUCCCGACCCUCCUACCAGCCUAUGCAGCACAGCCAUGGUCAUAGCCUGCCUUUCAAUGGUCAGUCCAACCUUCCUCCUCAGGGCUAUGAGAGGAUGCCAUUUCAGCAGAGCCCCAGUGCAGCAUCACACCCAAUGAGUAUGGGGAUGGUGUACCCCUCCUCCCCUUGCUCAUCCCCAUCAGGUCCAUCCCCUUCAAGUUCCAAUCACAUUGCUGGAUCUCCCCAGAACCAGCAACCCCUGCUCUCCCCUUCAUCUCCACACCUCCACUCGCUUGGGGGCUAUCAUUGCUCUCCAAAUGCGUCCCAGGUUCCCUCUGCAAGUGGUCACCCUCUUGUAGGGCAGCACUCCUCCCAGCUGCAGAGGGCUAUUGGUUACCACCCGGUAAGUCAAAGGUCGGCCUCCUGCCCCACACCGACUAGUGCCCCUCCGCCACGGAUGAUCCCCUCUCCACACUCAGGGCCUUCCUCCCCUCAGCUUCACUCGCUGCCCUACCAGUCUCCCACCUCCUCCUCCCCUACUUCAGGUGGCAGUCCUCUGGGGCCACUUCAACAGCAGCCUUCUCCACAGGCAACCAGUCCUGUCAUGGCAAGCCUGUCCCCAGCAGCAGCAGGCCCUCUGGUUCACCCACUAAGUCCUCAGGGACCCUUUCCAUUGGACAGCGAGAGGCUGAACAUCAAGGAGGAACCAGAGGACAGGGAGCCAACCUUCCGCUCCAUUGGCCUGCAGGACAUCACACUCGACGAUGUGAAUGAAAUCAUCGGCAGAGACAUGUCUCAGUCCCCCGGCGCUCACGUGUCUCCAUCAGCACACAGCCAGUCAUAGUUCAGCUCCACCUCGUCUCCUGCCAUUCUUCACUCCACUCCUGCACUGACUGAUCCUGAUCCUGAUCCUGAUCCUGGCCGACGUCCUGCUCCUGUGUGCGAUGGGAGAAGACUAUAGUCAAAGUCAGAGUAUGGUUGGUGAUUGUGUUCAAUCCUGAUGUACCCGUUAGACCACCAGCCUGACAAGAGGACGCACGUCUGAUGUCAUUUAAAACUGAACGGUGUCUUAUACUCAGCGACACAACAGAACUCACAGCUGUAAACAGAAACAUAUGCAGGAGACGUAACAGCCAUGUAGAUGAACCAUUGUGGAAUAGUCAGGUGCAGUGUAAAAAUGUUGCUCAGUUCUCAGACGUCCAGGCUGGACAAUCAGCUCAGUGCAGACAGGACUACAGGUCGUCCUGCUGCUGUGUCUCUCUCACCAGCUACGUUGACCUCCAGCGAAGACGUCACAACAUAUAUAACAUUAAAAAUGAUUCAGAGAUCUGCUUUCAGAGAGCCACUUCCCAGCUCAACAUGAGACGAUGUAGCAAAACUAAUCAGACUUGAAAUGAGGGCUGGUUAUUGCUACUGAUUUCCCUGAAUCGAUUCAGAUUCGCAAGAUCCCGAUUUGAUUUGACUUCCGAUUUAGAUUUGAUUCCAGUCAAUAUUGAUACAUUCAGUGCUAUUUCAGUGUCCGUACCAAUUACCAAACGAUUGCUGCAUUACGUUUUGUAUCUCUUUAACCCGAUGCAUCAUUGAAAAUGUGUUUUAUAACGUUUGUAUUUAAAAAUUGACCCCAAAGUAGUUACAUGAAUGCACUUUUUUUUUUUUUUAUACGACCACACAGUACAACUACACAGCACAGUUGUAGAUUAUAAUUCAAACCUUAAAAAUCCCUUUGAGUCACAAUAUUACAGCCUAGAAGUGCAUCAGGCAGGACGCAAACUAAAAUGUCCUCCUGAGUAGACAAUCACGACGCCAAAGCACCUGAAACGUGGUGUGUGGAAGUAUUUCUGGUUCUACGCCAUAGAUGCUGCGAUAUUCUAAUGUCAUACGCAUUCCAGAACGGGUGUCCUUCCUGUGGACACAAGAUGGCUGCCUAUGAAAACCCCAACUUCUAUUUUAAAGAAAUAACACACACAUGGGUAGUGUGUUCAAUUUAUGGUAUUAACCCCUCUUAAACGAGUCAAUAUGUGAAAUUUGAUUACCAAAUUCAAACUGUCAGGUCAGUUAAAAGAAUCACAGUCCAGUGAUGACGACAUCACGUCCACAUGUCUGGUUUUUCCCCCCUUUGAAAUAAUAAAUGGAUUAAAGAGUGAGUGCAGCAGCCUGGCAGAGAGAAACCAGCCGCUCUGGCGUCGCUCUGGGAUCUGCAACAUUCCGCUACUUGUAGUAACCUUGCAGCCGUGUUGACAUCAGCACUCGUCUCCUCUGUCCGUCCGUCCGUCCCGUCCCCUCUUCACGCCGUCCUUCUCCUUCUUUGUCUUCACAGUCACGGUGAACAAAAUGCCUUAUACACAUUCUAUCGCAUCUUAGAAUAAUAUUGGCCACGGCUUUUCCCCUUCAGCCGACGUUUGAGUUUGAAUAUUUCUCAGUAAAGCGAGAGUCGACGUGUGCGGAUGUUGUUUCAACGAGGGAUUCAGGACUGAAGUCCGUGUCCCCGAUAUUUGACAGAUGCCCCGAUGUGUCCGCGUUACAGAGAAGUGUUUGUCCACAGAGACCGAUGACACGCUCUCAUGUUUCUGUCCAUGCAAUAACUUAUACUUAUAACCACGUUUCCCAGUGACCUUGGUGUGCCUUCCGUUAAUGAGCAGGCAAAAUAUUGUAAAAGCGUUUUAUACACACACACACAAAUACGUCUUGGAUGUAAGUAUUGACUCCUCGCUUUUUUUCUGUAAUGAACAAGGUCAAAUUCCUAGAGUCCAGACAUCUGGAUGUAGCGGGGUCUUCCACAUUCCCCUGUGUGACGUAUUCAUUCAUUCAUUCAUUCAUAUUUCAGAUGCCUGUUUGGCAGCAGCAAUAACACACAGUCCUGAGAGGAAACACCAGAGUAUUUUCAUGCAGGUUAUGACGAGGAUGUGAACAGAGAGAGAUAGAUUUGAUUUCCAUAUGCGUUUUUUUAUUUUUAUUUUUUAUUUUUUUUUGCCUUAAGCUUGACAAUGACGCUCCUGCGUGUGAGAGCUGAGGAGCGUUGCAUAUGACAGUUUGAAGUCAGUUUCCAGGUGAAAAUGAUUUUGCUAUGCAUAAGAAUUUUACCUAAUGCCUUUAAAAAAAAAAUUUAAAAAAAGGAAAAAAAAAUAACAAAAAAGAAAAAGACAAAAAAAAGACAAAGACCUCGAUGCCUGUAGAUCUUGGCUGCAGACGUGUAGAUGCUUGAUUGUCCAUCAGUCGGUCGCUCCUGUUGUGGACACAUCAUGGACAGACAUCUUAACAGGCUCAAUUAUACUGUAUGUGUGUGUGUGUGAACGGAUGACUGGUGUCUCCACCAAAUAUGCUGUACAGAAGACGGGGGGGGGGAGGAAAAAAAAGUCCUAUUUUCAACAACACAAGCACACGCGUGUAUUUAAUCUAUGCAAACUAUAAGAAGCAAAUGUGAAAUAUGACAUUUAACGUGAGAAAUUAGAUUAUUUGCAUAUAUUUGUAAAGUCGCUUGGGGAACUCGCACGCCUAAACGGGAAGAAUAAACAUUCAGAUAGUGAGAGGAUCAUGUCGAUUUGUAAACUAAUAGGAUGCCUUAACUCUUGUGUGUCUGUAUGCUGUUCAGAGUUGAUGAUAAGACAUGCGUCGCUAACUGUUGUCGUUAUUAUGUGUUUGUUUAUUGGGGGGCAUAUGACGCUGGAGCUGCAGCUUAAAAAAAAAAGAAAAAAGACUUGAGUCAAUAAAAAGGAAAGAAGAAAGAAAAACAGCGUGGACAGUAAAGUGUCUCUGUCUGCUGUUCUCUUCUGUUUUAACCAAAGACCGAACAAUGAUGUUCCCAUUUUACACAACAGUCAAGCAACAGAGACUCUUCUACUCUAUUUUUGAUACUUUCAAAUGGAUGUCAUUCCUAAAAGGUUGUGGACAUGCAUGGGUAUGUGUAUGUAUAUAUCUAUAUAUAUAUACUUCUAUAGAUAUAUACAUAUAAAACCAUACAUUAAAGAACUUGUUUUGUAACAUAAAAGGGAAAUACAGGUUUAGCUGAUGUUUACCGAGCCUUGUAUUGUCAUUUCUUGUAUAUUUUGUAUGUUAUAAUUUUUUUUUUUUUUGUAAUUUUUAAGACUGCAGUGCUUUUUUUUUGAAAAUAUUCAAAGGGAAAACCUUGCAUCAUAAUGUAGGCUCUAAAGUAGUGUAUAUCAAUAAAACAGAAAAGCUCC